AUGCCAGUAAGAUUCAAAUUAGCAACAUCGGAAAACCGCGACACACUCCUUCGGUGCCAUGAAAAUUCGUCGAAGGCCUGUCAAUUGGAUAGUUACAGUGGAGCUUCCAGUUCCGUGGCUUCAGAACCCGUUUCCAAAACUUCUAUCCACCGUAAAAACAAGCAUAAGCAGGAACCCAGCGUGGGACGAUUCAGGCUAGGGGGUGACGGUACUUUAAACAAGUAUAUGGGUGGUCUCAGUCUUGAGUCGAUGAGUGAGGUUGUAGAAGACGAAGCGCUUAAUGCAGAACAACGCCUGUCCUUUAAUCGAAGACCUGAUGAUUUUCGCUUCAUCGAGGAGGCCAGAGCCGUGACAUCACGGCCAGCUGAAGGAAGCACCAUAGCCGAAGUCGCAGAUGCCUUGUUACUGGAGGACAAAACGCAAGUAGUAAAAGCCUAUCCCCAAAAAGCCCAGAGUGCACUGACAUCGCCACUAAGAAUGGUACGUAAAACAUUUGGCAGAAAAAAAUUGUUCUCUCCCCUUUGUAACGUCAUAAUGAAACACGAAGAUGAGGUUAAUACAACGACCCCUGUUAAAAAAGCACGUACAAUUUUCAGAGAUUUGUUAGUGUCUGGUUCGUCUUCGAACAAAGCAGGAAGCUUCAAUUUGCCACAAAUUUUUGUGACACUCGCAGACAGCGAGAGUCGGCAUACAUCUUCGAAGGCUUCUCAGAGAAACGAAGCUCAAACAGCUGGCGAGGAUUCCCUUGAGACGCAACCCGAGGCAACUGAUGACGAUGCGACGUUUGAAUCAGGAAAAAUUUCGGAUACAUUAGACUGCCUUUCCGAGACUCAUUCAAUAGUAGAAGAGGCAACAGUGGCUGACGAGACAACUAAAUUUGACCGUUUUCGUGUAAUAACAAACGAGCAUGACCAAAAGCUCAUGUCGUCGGAUUUGUGCACUGCUGAAGACGGGACUUCCUUCCGAACCGAGUUUGGUGUGACUGAGAACUGCCUGACGUCUUCCAGUGAAGAUUCAAACCUGGGAAAUGCAAAAACAGGAAGUCCUCAACCACAAACGCUCUAUUCUAAAAUAAAGCGAAAUGCCCUCGCAAUCCUAUCACAAUCAUUGCGAUCGCGGCGUCAAGAAUCACUCGAUAAUAAAGACCAAAAUAUUUUGUGUAAGCAGCUGUUUAUCAAACAAAAUUCUGCGUUUGCUGAAUUCCUCAAAUCGUCCACCCCAAACUAUCAUUUUCAGCAUCUACCACUCAGUUUAUGUGAAGAUUGGACAUCGAUGACCUGGGAUUCUGUAAGUGAACUAAGUUCCACAGAACACGGAGACGCGUCUAAACUGAAAUCCCAAUGUCUUUGUGUUCCUGAUGGCACAAGUAAUUUAGAAACCUUCAAUCACGUCUCGGAUCAGUUAAAACCAAAGGCCCAGCCUCAAAAUCUGGCAGAUCAACAAUCAGUUGGGGAUAGAACGUUAAACGCUAAUUCGCAGGACGAUUCUGCCUCAAAAGAACAAAGUCAAUACAUGGAUCAGAAUUUAGUACAUGCAACUAAUCGGCAUUUACUGCAUCCUACAUCCAACACUGACUACUUCAAUUCCAGUUUCCCCAUGGAUAAUGAACAGGCAGAUGGUGGAUCAACAAGUAAUUCUUCAAAACAUCCAAAGGACUGCUACUCCAAAAUCGCCGUCGACUCCUCCACCGAAAAUGACAUCCCAAUUGCGAAACCACGAAUCUGUCAUGCCAACAAAGUCAAAGAACCUAGUUCUCGAAAUGAAGUCAAGCAGAGUCCCAGAGGGGGUGAAAAAAGUCAACACCAAUCGAUGUUUGAGGAACACUCCGAGGUCAUGAUCAUCAAUUCAGGUGGCCCGGCAUUCGCUAUUAAACGACCUGUUAUUUCCCAGGGUCUUCAAAGAGAAUUUCCUGUGAGGGUCAGAAAUGCGAAAAUGGGUGUUGUCGCGGAGUGCAGUUUAGUCAGUCACAGAUCCCCACCACUGGGAAGUUUGUCUUAUUUUCUUGUCUGCGAACUCCUUCAGCAGUGCGAGUCCUUGAAACCUUCUUUUUGUACCGGUUUUGCCAUAAAUAAGGAAGGGAAUGCAUUAUUUGUUGGUAGUUCUAAGGAUGAAUUCCCGAAUAUCGUUUGUCACAAGGCAUUUAGGACUUUCCUGGCUGCAAUUUUGUAUGCAAUGAAGCAAACCGAGGAAAUUACUUGCCUAGAUGUGAGUUUGUACAGUAUUUUAAACACGAACCUCACAACAGUGGUAACUGCGGACGAUUUUGUGGAAAAAGGGCCUUAUGUCCGCGAAGGUUUAUGCGCGGCUACAAUAAAGGCGAUGCACUACUCGAGGACACUCGAAACAAAAUUCUGGAUUGAACAAGCACCCCAAAUUAUCCACUUGCUAACGAAAGAGAAAUCUGGUCCUAACCAGCAAAUGCUCACAAUCAAAAGUGAGUACUACAUAAAUCAAACGGCUGGAUGCAAUUUGGUCCUCAGUAAUGCUCCUUGUCCGCCAGUAAGAAUAUCGCUUCAGGACGAAUCUCAUUUCAGUCCAUCAGGUCGAAGCAGCUCGCCAAAAACUCCCAACACAAGAGUGCAUUGUGGUAGCGAAGGGUUCCUUGUGAGCACAGAGGUUCCAGAAAUUAGCUACAGCUUCUUGGACCGUCCGUUUACUGAAAUUUCCUAUCCCGUCUUCUUAGAAAAGGAUUCCGAAAUGGAGGCAAAUGUUUCUGGUUGCGAAAAACUUGCUCAGCAAGGCAUUUCCAUGAAAGCUGCUCAGAUUAAUCAAGAGUGUUUUUCUGAAGAUACAAUCUGCACAGCUCCGGUAACCGAUCCCUCCUACGCACAAGCCGUGGAAACAACUUUCUCGUCAAGUGGAACAGAAUGUACUUGUCGAAAGGAAUCACCUAAAUUGAACGAGUCUGGGCAUGCUUCAUUGUCAAUAGCAAACCUGACUUUUGAUGCUUCUCAAAUGGAUGAAGAUACGAAAACCCACCAAAAUGACCAAAACGGUCAUUUGAUGCUACUGAAGAAUUCGCCUGCCACAGAAUUAUCGGGUGGACUCCACGAGACCAACACGCUGCCAGCCAAAAAUGCAUCCCGUAUUGGUACUCUGGAGCAGUCAACAUCAUGGGCUGAAAGGCUAAAUUACUCAAAUUAUAACUUCCAGACUUCGCGAAAUAAAAAAGACGCGAAAAGUCGUCCGAAUUUGGUUUCUUUAACAUCGAUAACCUCCAUGGAGUUUGAAGGGCAUGUCUCAAGUUGUCCAGCGACUUCAUGUCAGUGGAAAAAGGGCAAAUUGAGCCCUGAAGAAAGUGUGCACACUAGCAGUAAUACGCCUGCUGUCAAGCGGCGCAUUGAUUCGCCAGCGAGCCUGGUGAAACGGAGUGAGGACGAAAUGGCAUCAAGUAAAUCGACAUCUACGUGUCUAGAGGCGAACCCUUCAAGCCCAAAGGACUUGGUGGAGGUUUACUACGACUCGAACUCCUUCAGGGCAAACUCAAGGAGUGACAAGAACGAAGAAGCGUCGACGGAGAUAAGAGUUUCUGUAGAUUCUGAUGAACACAUUCCUUUCCUCGAGGAGCCUGCUAUUCCAGUAGAUAUUAUCAAAAAGGACUCGGGUUGUCUUGAGACGGUUAACAAAACACAAACAUCAGGUCAAAUUUGCCUUGAUGGAGAAAUUCACCGACUGCCUAAUGGAGACCAGAAAAAUUCGGAAGUGUGCACAAAGCAGACUGUGACACAGGGGCAACUAGGUGACUGCCACAGGGGAACAGAGGAGGCGCUUUCUGAUGCUUUGGAAGAAAAACAACGGAAAGUCCACUUCAUCCAAUCACCGGUGUCUGAUGUGAGUAGUGUUGCGCCGAAAGAAAUUCCUCACUUGCAAGACUAUGCUUCUGAAAUGGUAAAAAAUUCAUCUUCUUCCCCAACAAGGAAGAAGAAAAAGAAAGAAGUGGGUCGAGAAAAUCGACGGUGUAAACCAGCGAAAAUCACACACGAAGAGACUCAAAUGACGCCUCACUUUAUUAUUAAACACGUGCACAGCCGCACGGUCGUCGAAAGGCAUAUGCCCGAAGUUAAAAAGGACCAGGUCAGUUUGAAACGAAUUAAACAGCGUCAAGCCUUGGCGUAUGAGAAGAAAGUUCGUCAGCUGUCACUGACGCGCCUUCUAAAUGAGAACAAUAACGCCUAUGGUGGAGAUUAUUUUGUCACAGUUUCUAAGAUGGAGGGCACUUGUUCCUCAGAGGUUUUCUGCAAACUUGGAUAA